AUGGACGCUAUCAAGAAGAAGAUGCAAGCGAUGAAGAUCGAGAAGGACAACGCUCUCGAUCGAGCCGACGCCGCCGAGGAGAAAGUGCGACAAUGCUUGGAUAAACUCGAGAGAGUUGAAGAGGAGCUCCGUGAUACGCAGAAGAAAGUUGGACAUGUCGAGCAAGAGUUGGAGAAAUCCACUCAAGAUCUUGAAGCCGCCGAAAAUCUUCUCCAAGAGAAACAGAAGAAAGUCGAAGCGGUUAGUGAAAAGUUGUAU